AUGGACCACCGAAUUCUCUCAUUCCCAUUCCUAAUGCUAAGCUUGCUUCUUCCUUUCGUUUUCGAGUUGUUAAAGAUAUGGAAGAAGAGUAAUAAUAAUCCUCCUCCAGGACCUUGGAGAUUACCUCUGAUCGGUAACAUUCACCAGUUGGGUGGGCGUCAUCAACCCCAUCUCCGCCUUACAGACUUGGCCAGAACUUAUGGACCCGUUAUGCGCCUGCAGCUUGGCCAAAUUGAAGCAGUAGUCAUUUCCUCAGCUGAAACAGCCAAACAAGUUAUGAAAACCCAAGAAAGCCAAUUCCUUGGAAGACCUUCUCUUUUAGCUGCCGAUAUCAUGCUUUAUAACCGUACAGACAUCUCUUUCGCCCCUUAUGGAGAUUACUGGAGACAAAUGAAAAAAAUUGCUGUCGUUGAGCUCCUUAGCGCCAAGCGUGUCCAAGCCUACAAAUCAGUCAUGGAUGAGGAAGUUUCCAAUUUCAUCAAUUUUCUUUAUUCAAAAGCGGGGUCGCCUGUGAAUCUUACUAAGACAUUCUAUUCCUUAGGAAAUGGAAUCAUCGCAAAAACAUCCAUCGGCAAAAAAUUUAAGAAACAAGAAACCUUCUUAAAAGUCGUAGACAAAGCCAUUAGAGUAGCAGGAGGUUUCAGUGUGGGGGAUGCGUUUCCUUCCUUUAAAUUGAUUCACUUGAUCACUGGAAUCAGCUCCACACUCCAUACAGCUCAUCAAGAGGCAGACGAGAUUCUUGAAGAAAUUAUAAGCGAACACAGAGCCAGUAAGACUGCUGAUGGUGAUGACUAUGAAGCCGAUAAUAUUCUUGGCGUUCUUUUGGAUAUUCAAGAACGUGGGAACCUUCAAGUCCCCUUGACCACGGACAAUAUCAAAGCUAUCAUUCUGGACAUGUUUGCCGGUGCAAGUGACACAUCGUUAACAACUGCAGAAUGGGCAAUGGCAGAAAUGGUAAAGCAUCCAAGAAUAAUGAAGAAAGCACAAGACGAAGUUAGGCGGACUUUGAACCAAGAAGGAAACGUAGCUAAUCUUCUUCCUGAACUGAAAUAUUUGAAAUUAGUUAUCAAAGAAACCUUGAGAUUACAUCCUCCAGUAGCCUUAAUUCCUAGAGAAUGUGAUGGGCGAUGUGAGCUUAAUGGGUACGAUGUUAAUCCUAAAACUAAGAUUCUUGUUAACGCAUGGGCAAUCGGAAGAGAUCAUAAUUUAUGGAAUGAUCCUGAAAGAUUUGAUCCGGAGAGAUUUCUUGACAAUUCAAGUGAUUUCAGGGGAACCGACUUCAAAUUCAUUCCAUUUGGCGCCGGAAAGAGGAUUUGUCCUGGCAUAACCAUGGCUAUAACUAUUAUUGAGGUCCUGCUUGCACAAUUGCUCUACCAUUUUGAUUGGAAACUUCCUGAUGGAGCUAAACCAGAAAGUCUUGACAUGUCUGAUACAUUUGGUCUCGUAGUUAAGAGAAGGAUAGAUCUCAAUUUGAUUCCAAUCCCAUAG